AUGGAUCGGUCAGUAUCUGCGAUCUCAAUCUUGGGUUUUCUCUGCUUAAUUAUCGGGAUUUCGCGAUUUUCUCGGGUUUCUGCCAACUCCGAAGGUGAUGCCUUGAAUGCGUUUAAGACAAGCUUGGCCGAUCCUAACAACAUACUUCAGAGUUGGGAUGCGACACUUGUCAAUCCAUGCACUUGGUUUCACGUUACAUGCAACAGUGACAAUAGUGUUACUAGAGUUGAUCUAGGCAAUGCAAAUUUGUCCGGUGAACUGGUUCCCCAGCUCGGUCAGCUCCCAAAUUUGCAAUACCUGGAACUUUAUAGUAACAACUUAAGUGGAAGAAUUCCAAGUGAUCUUGGGAACUUAACAAGUUUGACGAGCUUGGAUCUUUAUUUGAACAGUUUAAGUGGUCCCAUCCCAGAGACCCUGGGCCAGCUUAAGAGGUUACGCUUCCUGAGGCUUAACAAUAACAGUUUGACUGGAACUAUUCCUAUGUCUCUGACCACCGUCGAUUCACUUCAAGUCCUUGAUCUGUCAAACAACGAUUUGUCAGGGAGGGUUCCAGUCAAUGGCUCAUUUCAACUUUUCACUCCUAUCAGUUUCAAAAAUAAUUCUAAACUGAUAAGUCUUCCCGUAACUCCAUCACCUCCACUUCCACCGCCAAGUGCACGUUCGUCAGGAGUUGGCAACAGUGCAACUGGAGCCAUUGCAGGAGGGGUUGCCGCUGGAGCAGCUCUCCUCUUUGCUGUUCCUGCAAUCGCUCUGGCUUGGUACCGAAGAAGGAAGCCACCAGUUCAUUUCUUUGAUGUUCCUGCUGAGGAGGAUCCAGAAGUCCAUUUAGGCCAGCUCAAAAGAUUUUCUUUGCGUGAACUCCAAGUUGCAACAGAUAAUUUUAGCAACGGAAAUAUUCUGGGCAGGGGUGGAUUUGGUAAGGUUUAUAAAGGCCGGUUAGCUGAUGGUUCUCUUGUGGCAGUUAAAAGAUUAAAAGAAGAACGGACACAAGGUGGAGAGCUGCAGUUUCAAACAGAAGUAGAAAUGAUCAGCAUGGCUGUGCAUCGAAAUCUCCUUCGGUUACGUGGCUUUUGCAUGACACCAACAGAGCGAUUGCUUGUUUACCCCUAUAUGGCUAAUGGAAGUGUAGCAUCAUGCUUAAGAGAGCGACCAGAAUCACAACGCCCGCUUGAUUGGCCAAUAAGAAAGCACAUAGCAUUGGGAGCUGCAAGGGGGCUUGCUUAUUUGCACGAUCAUUGUGACCCUAAGAUUAUUCACCGUGAUAGGGCUUUCGAUCUGGCUCGUCUUGCCAAUGACGACGAUGUGAUGUUACUGGAUUGGGUUAAGGAACUUCUAAAGCAGAAAAAAUUGGAAACUUUAGUCGACGCAGACCUUCAGGGAAAUUAUAUUGAGGAAGAGGUGGAGCAGCUUACUCAAGUGGCUUUGCUUUGCACGCAAAGUUCCCCUAUGGAACGUCCCAAGAUGUCGGAUGUUGUCAGGAUGCUUGAAGGUGAUGGCUUGGCCGAGAGGUGGGAGGAGUGGCAGAAGGAAGAGAUGUUCCGUCAAGAGUUCAAUCACACAUACCACAUGAAUACUGGCUGGAUAAUUCCCGACUCCACUUCCAAUAUCCGACCUGAUGAAUUAUCAGGGCCAAGAUAA